GUUGGUUGUGAAGAGCAGAGCCCUGGGUGAGAAGAGCAGUCAUCUGUUUAAAACCCAGGUUUUUCUGCACUUGGCUGUGGAAUUUCUCCCUGUGCAGGUGCUUGGCCUCACCGAUGUCUCGGCCUCUCUGCGGAGCUGGUGUGGGAGGCGACACGGCUCGAGGAGGAGGAUGUUGGUGGGAGGGCAGCUGGGGGCAGAUCCAUGGAGACCACGCAAUAGGAACCUGUGAGCGAUUGUCUCCGUUUCAGUAGUACCGGCUCACAGUUGUAGAAUUGCUGUAUUUCAUGGCACAGUCGAAGCCUCACCUGGAUAAACUCCAUUGUUGUGACUGGGCUGGUUUCUCCUGCUGGGAGACGGCUCUGGGGAGGUGCCGCCCCAGCUGGGCCGGGUUUGCAGCCCCAGCUGGCCCAGAACCCAGCAGCCUGUUUCCAUGAGGGGUGAAAAUCCCAUUAGAGGCAUUCAGAAAGCUUUCACUGUAAUUAAGAACUUAUGAUUAACAAGAUUUACUUUCAAUCCUAACUGGUAAAGGUGUAAAGCCUUAGACUUCUGAAAAGAUUCAUUAUGGUAAAUAAUUCUGUUGGAGAGAAUCCUGUAAUAAUGCUUAUCUCUUAAUAAGAUCAAAUUCCUAACUUGAGCUACAUGUUUUAGCUGUUUUGAAUUCCAAUCAGGUUUUUCAGUGCGAGAUCAGAAUACAAAGCACUAUAUGAGGAAGACAGAAGGGGGCUGAGGCAGCAGCGGAUCCGCAGUCACAGCCCCUGCCGGUCCCUUCGCUGCUGCCUCACGGAACAAGCUCUGCGAGAAACUCAUGUUUCUCGAUGGCAGCGGGAACUCUGCUGUGUCCCCUGGGCUGGCAGCGUCCCUGGCCAGGGUGGCAGAGCCCUUGGCCUGUCCCGUGUGGACAAGGGGAAAUUGUAUUGCUUCUUUUCCCGCUUUCACUCUCCAAGAGAAAGAAGGUGAUUUCCGUUCUUUUCACUCAGGUUAUUUGAUGCCGUGCAUCGAUUUUCACAGCUGCCUGAGGUUUAUGUGCCACACAAGGCAGGGCAAGCGAGGUCCUGGUCGGAGGGCUUUGCCUGCUGGCUUUGAGGAGUAAUUAAUGAACCUCAGCUGCAGUAACACGGGACUUUCAAGUGUUCCGAUAUGGAUAGACUGACUUGCUGGUCCUUACUUAGUUUUAUGUGCUGCUUGGGAAGUUUAAUUCAAGUUUUUCGCAACACACUGGAAGGAAACGCUGCAGCAGUGAAAUACAGAUUUACUUCUUCUGUGACUUCAUUUGCUGUCAGUAGACUCCUCAGAAAAUGAUCCAGCGGCUUCUGGACUUAGUUUUGUUAUAAGGUGAGACUGAAAACCGCGCAAAAUUGUGAACAGAUCACAAUGUGUGUGGAAAAGGUCUGUAAGAUGCUGGGGAGAACUUAACUUUCAAGUGAGAUUUGGCUAUGACGUUGUGUGGAUCAAAUUUGUGCUUUUUUGCGUGAAUUUUGUCUUUUGACCAAAGAUCAUCUACAUGGCAGCAAAGCUAUAAGAUAAUAGAACGGAUACAGCAGUAAAGGAGGAGACAUCUUUUCUGUCAAUCCUAAUGCCCCCCUUCCCUGUCUUUUGGAAAGUCCAGACGGUCUCGAUAGGAAUUUUGCUUUCGGGGGUGAGGUUUCUGCCUGCGCCGCCUUCGCGCUGCUGAGCAGCUGCUGCCGGAGCCGAGAGUUCUGAAUGAUCAGAGAAGAGCAACAGCCGGUGGCUGAGCCGGCACUUAGAGGAGAACUGCGGCGGCACCGCACAGACCUUUCUCUUUUGGAGGGAGGGAUGGUGAUGCUGUAGAUAAUUAUUCCGGUGGCGCUGCAGUGACGUGAAAAUCCUCCUUCAAGAACCUGUGUCAAAGACAUAGUUGGGGGAAAGGGAGGAAUAGGAAUAGCAGUGCAACGGUGACGCUGUGGAUGUGGCUUGAUUUAGGCUGCUAAAAUCUUCAAUGCCGGGUUUCGCGUGUGAUGGAAUACAUUAUUUUUGCUAGAGGGUUAAACGCUUUGUCCCUCAUCUCAGCCGGCAUUUAUGGAUUUCCAGGUCUGCCUGCUGAGAAGUACAUUAAAUAUGUAGCAGCCUCUCACCUUUCCUCUGGUGCUGCUCUGAUGGGAGAGGAUUGUUCCCGCCAGUGCUCCAGAUGAUGAUCAUCUCGGCUGAGAUUUAUGAUGUUUUGGUGUCGGGAAGGAUGGCAAAUGUGCAUUAUUUCCAGAAGGAUUUGAAUUUCUGAACAAAAGGCUAAUAGGCAUUCUUCAUGCUCUUAAAGCUGUGUCUGGGAAAUGGGAGGCAUAGCAAGCCUGCACAGACUCUGUGAGCGUGGCUGAGAGAAGGACGAGCUGCUUUAGGAUGUCCUUGAAAUGCGAUGUGGGAUUUGUUUUUUAACUCCGCUUGGAAGGAGCCCAGCACCAAACGGGUCAAGCCGCUCUCCAGAGUCACCUCCCUGGCGAGUCUCAUCCCCCCGGUCCGGGCCACCCCGCUGAAGCGCUUCAGCCAGACGCUCCAGCGUUCCAUCAGUUUCCGCAGCGACAGUCGCCCCGACCUGUUCAGCCCGCGGCCGUGGGCCCGGAACGUGGCCCCUGCUCACACCAAGCGCAGAGACAGCAAACUGUGGAGCGAGACCUUCGACGUUUGCGUCAAUCCCAUGCUGACCUCCAAAGAAAUCAAGCGGCAAGAGGCUAUCUUUGAACUUUCCCAGGGAGAAGAAGACUUGAUAGAAGAUCUGAAGUUAGCAAAGAAGGCUUAUCAUGACCCCAUGCUUAAACUUUCCAUAAUGACAGAGCAAGAGUUGAACCAAAUUUUUGGAACGCUGGACUCUCUGAUUCCUCUACAUGAAGAUCUUCUUAGGCGACUUCAAGAAGUCAGGAAGCCUGAUGGAUCAACAGAACAUGUUGGCCAUAUCCUUGUGGGCUGGCUCCCGUGCCUGAACUCCUACGACAGCUACUGCAGCAACCAAGUGGCAGCCAAGGCGUUGUUGGAUCACAAGAAGCAAGACCACCGAGUGCAGGAUUUCCUGCAGCGCUGCUUGGAGUCGCCUUUCAGUCGCAAACUGGACCUCUGGAAUUUCCUUGACAUCCCGAGAAGCCGUUUGGUUAAAUACCCGUUACUGCUCCGAGAGAUUUUGAGACACACACCAAACGAUCACCUGGAUCAGCAGCACCUGGAAGAAGCUAUAAAUAUAAUUCAGGGCAUAGUGGCUGAGAUCAACGUGAAGACAGGUGAAUCCGAGUGCCAGUAUUACAAAGAGAGGCUGAUUUACCUGGAAGAAGGACAGAGAGAUGCACUGAUUGACAAUUCACGAGUUUUGUGCUGUCACGGUGAACUGAAGAACAACCGAGGAGUGAAGCUGCACGUGUUCCUGUUUGAGGAGGUGCUGGUGCUGACGCGGGCGGUGGCGCAGGGCGAGCAGCUCUGCUACCAGCUGUACCGGCCGCCGCUGCCCGUGCGCGACCUGCUGCUGGAGGAGCUGCAGGACGGGGAGGUGCGGCUGGGCGGCUCCAUCCGCGGCGCCUUCAGCAACAACGAGAGAAUCAAAAACUUCUUCAGAGUCAGCCUCAAGAACGGGUCUCAAAGCCAGUCGCACUCCCUCCAAGCCAAUGACUCCUUCAGCAAACAGCAGUGGCUCAACUGUAUCCGCCAGGCCAAAGAGAAGGCUUUGUGUGCGGGCACGGCUGGCGCGCCGAGCGUGGAAACGCCUUUUCUUUUGUCGGCAGACGGCAGCAGAGCUGCGCCCGCAGAAACGGCGCUGGAGCAGAUGGAGCACUCGGACUGCGAGUCCGACUGGAGCAUGGACACCAGCGAGGUCGGCGCCGACUGCGAGCGCAUGGAGCAGACAAACUCUUGUGGAAAUGAGAAACAAAUAGAAACCAACGUUUGACAAAAACUCAACAGUUGUGGAAGAAAAUCUGUCUCUUACCUGUGCAGUAUUUGCAUUCCAGACACAGAACCAUUUGGAGAAGCACUUUGGAGAUAUUUUUUGUGACGGUGUCAGUGCAGCCUCCUUGUGUUCGUACCCAUGAACGUAGAACUGUAACUGCCCAUCUGUAUAAGCUGGAAUCUCUUGCAACUCAUGUCCUGUGAUUAUGUUCCAUAAACAUCUAAGGUGGAUGAACGAGGUACUUGACCAGUUAUUCUCAAUGUCCUGCUGUAAAAAGAAUCUCUAAACUACUGUUUAUAUGUGCAUUACAUAAAGAAUCUCUUCAUAAUUUUUGAAGUACUUUAUUUGCUCUUUAAUGGGGCAGUUGAAGAUGUGGACUUAACAUGGAGUUUCAGGGUGGGUAUCAAGAUCCUAGUUUGUCAUAAAGGCAUGGAAGGAAGAAAUAGUUUUGUGGAAAAAAGAAAAACAUAUUGCAAUAACCCGUCUGAACUCCUGGGGUAUUAAAUCAGCGAGAACUAGGACCAGCGGGCCCUGUAACCAGCAACUCUUUAGGGAUUCAUUUUUCAAAAUGAAGCAUUGUGCUAAGAUUCAGCAGCCAAACUUCUUACAGUCGGGCCAGUUCAAGCGGGCAGCAUAGUGCUAUGGGUUGUUAAUCAGAGUAUGUAAUGCUAAAAAGAGUCAACUGAAAACACCCAAACCAAACCCACCUCCACAGCCAGCACUGAAUUCAGUGAAAUGCUGAGAAUACUGGGUAUUGUAAAUAAGCUGGUAGUUUGCUUUCAGUGCCAUAUAUAUGUAUACAUAUAUAUAUAUUUUAUUUUUUUUUAAAUCCCAAACAGGAUAAGAAUGGGAAAAAGCUUCUGCUUGUGAAUAGGCCCUCUUCAGCAUUUUGCACUCCACUGACCUCCACUGUUGGUUUUAAACACCACUAAACUAACGUUAAAACAUUGCAUGUUCUGUAAAUGUCUGUUUACAAUUACAUGUAGUUGGUUUUUAAACUGACAAUUUUGUAUAAAUGGUGCUCUACAAAUACCCUAUGGGAUUAUGUAGAGAAAGCUUAAACAAAAAGGGAACUGCUUGUCCUUUAGGAUGUAUUACAUCCUUUAUCUUUUUCUUGAGUUUUGUUUUAAAAGGUUUUAUUGCAUUUUAUCUCCUGCUGUAAUUGGAAAUGUUACUGUGUUUGCUAGUGGCUGGUUUAAUCUCAUGAUGAUGAGGAGCAAUGGGUCACUGAAAUGCAGUCUAAACCACUCCGCAUCCUGGUACAUCAGGAACCCCUGGGUAAUAUUUGAUUUCUUAGUAUGAGAAAUAAUGGCAGUGCCGUAUGGCGAGCUAUGAAAAUGAUAAAUUAAAGAGUUGAAAUGAUCCGUGAUAACCUGUGCACAGUUCUCGUACCAACAGGAGUAGAAAAACUGCUGUUAUUGCCAAAACCAUUUUCUCGUGUUCUACAAGUUUACAGAAAACAGUAGAUGUCAGGUAUCGUACAUGUAUAUAUGCUGAUGCGCAUUACAGAGAUCAGUGUGACAAGGUGAUAAACAAUAGAAAACGAAGCUAUUUUUGUUUUUUAAAGAAAUGCCAUUUUUACCCUCUAGAACAUAUUUCUAUAUUUAUAGUUUUUCAAAAAACUCAAUUUUCUCUUCUGUUUCAGGCUUUGUAAUUUAUUUCAACUGCUUCACUUCUAGAGCUGAGCGAGUCUGGCAGUGAAGAUGGGAGAAGGGGAAAGUGUGCAGAACAAAAGGGACAGGAAGGCAGGUUAGGUGGUGACCGUGUUCGUAAAACCCAUUCAGCAAAAUGAGCAUGUCAGGUGUUCAGGAAGAUAAGAAAGAAUGAAUGUGUGUAUUGGCCUUUUUUUUUUUUUUUAAUAAUAGCCUUAAAACAUUUCUGGAAGCAUUUCAAAUAAAUUACAUUAAACCAU